ACAUCACCAAACACUUCCGGUUUUACUGAAGAAGGAAGCUGGGCGGAGUGAGUCCUCUUGCACAGUGUGAACACUCUUUGAGGCCAGAGUGAGCAGCUGUCAGAGGACGAGGCAGAGCGUCACGAAGAGCAGAGAAGAGGCUUUGUGGAAGGAAGGACUGAGUGAAAAUGCAGCACAGGAGCGAGCCCCGACAUCAACACUUGUCCACAGUCCGUCUCAGGAUCCAGACUUUAAACUGCUAGCGUGUCGCCGCCGAGCUGGCUCAUACCACGGACUUUCCCUCGGCUGUUGUUUUUGUUUUGCUCUAAUCUGCUGGAGGAUCACAGACUGAACAGCGCUGCUGUCCACUCGACAGGACUAGUCCAGACAUGAGCAACGUUAACCCGAUUUUCUGGGACCAGUUGCAGGCUGGCAGCUCCGAUGUCGACUGGUGUGAAGGAAAUUACCUCAUCUACCCCAGCAUCGCUGAAUUUUACAACACGAUCAGCAACGUCUUGUUCUUUGUUUUGCCUCCCAUAUUGAUGUUCUUGUUCCGUGAAUAUGCCCAGCAUUUCAACAACGGGAUCUACCUCAUCUGGAUCCUGCUAGUGGUGGUCGGCAUCGGAUCAACGUAUUUUCAUGCCACACUCAGCUUCCUCGGCCAAAUGCUGGAUGAGCUGGCCAUUCUUUGGGUGCUCAUGUGCGCCAUCGCCAUGUGGUUUCCCAAGAGAUACCUGCCAAAGAUGUUCAGGAGAAAUCGUUUAAGGUUUAAAGUGGUCAUCGGCAUCCUGUCUGGGAUCACCACCGGACUGGCCUUUGUUAAACCUGUGGUCAACUCGCUGUCGCUCAUGACUCUGGGCAUCCCCUGCACAGUGCUGCUUAUCACUGAGCUUAAAAGGUGUGAAAACUUGCGAGUGUUCAAGCUCGGGCUGAUUUCUGGGAUCUGGUGGGCGCUGGCUCUGCUCUGCUGGAUCAGCGACAGGAUAUUCUGUGAAAUGUGGUCGUCGGUCAACUUUCCCUACUUACACUGUGCUUGGCACAUCCUCAUCUGUCUGGCCUCCUACUUAGGCUGCGUCUGCUUCGCCUACUUCCACGUGGCGACUGAGGCGCCGGAGCAAGGCCCGGUCAUCAUGUUCUGGCCCAACGAGAAGUGGGCCUUCAUCGGCGUGCCGUAUGUUUCGUUACUCUGCGUCCACAAGAAAUCGUCCAUCAAGGUGACUUAAGGUGGCCUUAGAAGUACUCAGCUCUACAGUUUUAACACCAGCAUGAUACGGCAGUCCGUCUGCGAGUCGUGUUGCCCCGCAUCGUGUUCUCUUUGAUUUGACCGGUAGAUGCGAUGCACUUGUUCAAAGAGUAUAAACUUUUUCCUGCUCUGGAAUCCUCUUUGAAUCCUGACAGAGCAGGGAUUUAUGCAACUUUGAUGUCAUUAGUUUGUGAAAUAUGCUGCAGGGUAUCUCCUUAAAUAACAUAUCAAAGCCAACAAACCUUUAUAGUGUUCUACACCUAUACUCAGGCUUUGCAUGAGACGUCGUGUAACCAUCUCAGAGUGAUAGUGUUGCAGUUAACUAUCUGUAGAUUUUCUAAACUUUGGAAGACCUCAGUAUUAAGCGUUAUGCUGCCUCAAUAAUUAUUAAUAUAGCAACUCGUCGGUGCCAGGUUUAGUAACAGUAAUUUCACCACAUGUAACUAUUAUAAAACCAAGCCAGUCACAGAAGACUCUGAAAUUAUAAGCUGGUUCCCAACAAGAACAUAAUUAACAUCAAGCCUUAGGCCUCUUUUUAGCCUUUAGAUGUGUUCCUUUCUUCAAGCAUGCUACCCUGAUAGUAAUUUUGCUAUAUUUUGCAAAAUAUCAAUGCAAUACUCAGUUAUUUUCCAAAGAACAUGUGUUUCCUUUAUUCUUAUAGAAGUUGGUACCUUUAAUUGUGGUGAACACAGUAUAUUGUCAAGAAACAGAAAUAGUUAGAUUUUUAUAUCGGAACAUGGUUUCUAAACUAUUUUCCUCAAAAAUUAGUCUUGUAAUGUUAGUAUUUUAGAGUUAACCAGGUUUAU